AUGGCAACAAUUGAAGAUACUUCAAAAGAUAAUAACAAUCCAAUUUUAGAACGUAAAAAAGCUCCAAAUAGAUUAUUUGUAGAAGAAGCAAUUAAUGAUGAUAAUUCAGUAGUUACAUUAAAUCCAGAGACAAUGGAUCAAUUACAAUUCUUUAGAGGUGACACACUUUUAAUUAAAGGUAAAAAGAGAAGAGAUACCGUUUGUAUUGUAUUGUCAGAUCCAACCAUCGAUCCAUCAAAGAUCCGUAUGAAUAAAGUUGUAAGAAAUAAUCUUCGUGUUAGAUUAGGUGACAUGAUUUCAGUUCACCAAUGUUCAGAUGUUAAAUAUGGCAAACGUAUUCAUGUGUUACCAAUUGAUGAUACCAUAGAAGGUCUCAGUGGCAAUCUCUUUGAUCUUUACCUCAAACCAUACUUUUUAGAAGCCUACCGUCCAGUCCGUAAGGGUGACUUAUUUUUAGUACGUGGUGGUAUGAGAGCCGUAGAAUUUAAAGUUGUCGAAACCGACCCAGGUGAAUAUUGUAUCGUUGCACCAGAGACAUUUAUACAUUGUGAAGGUGAGGCAGUCAAGAGAGAGGAUGAAGACCGUCUCGAUGAGGUUGGUUACGAUGAUAUUGGUGGUGUAAGAAAGCAAUUGGGUCAAAUUAGAGAGUUGGUCGAACUUCCACUCCGUCAUCCACAACUCUUCAAAAAUAUUGGUGUCAAACCACCAAAGGGUAUUCUUUUAUAUGGUCCACCAGGUUGCGGUAAAACUAUGAUUGCCAGAGCUGUCGCCAAUGAAACAGGUGCUUUCUUCUUUUUAAUCAAUGGUCCAGAGAUUAUGUCCAAAUUAGCUGGUGAGUCUGAAUCCAACCUUCGUAAGGCCUUUGAAGAGGCUGAAAAGAAUGCACCAUCCAUCAUCUUUAUCGAUGAAAUCGAUUCUAUCGCUCCAAAGAGAGAGAAAACUCAAGGUGAAGUUGAACGUCGUAUCGUUUCACAAUUGUUAACAUUGAUGGAUGGUUUGAAAUCAAGAGCACAUGUCAUUGUUAUGGGUGCCACAAAUCGUCCAAACUCAAUCGAUCCAGCUCUUCGUCGUUUCGGUCGUUUCGAUCGUGAAAUCGAUAUCACCAUUCCAGAUGCCACUGGUCGUUUAGAAAUCAUGAGAAUUCACACCAAGAACAUGAAACUCGAUGAAACCGUCGAUUUAGAAGCCGUUGCCAAUGAAACCCAUGGUUAUGUAGGUGCCGAUCUUGCUGCCCUUUGUACCGAGUCUGCUCUCCAAUGUAUUCGUGAGAAGAUGGAUGUUAUUGAUUUAGAAGAUGAAACCAUCUCUGCAGAGAUCCUCGAAUCAAUGUCUGUCACUCAAGAUCACUUUAGAACUGCUCUCACCCUCUCCAAUCCAUCUGCUCUUCGUGAAACCGUCGUCGAAGUUCCAACAACCACUUGGGAAGAUAUUGGUGGUUUGGAAGGUGUCAAGAGAGAAUUACGUGAAACCGUUCAAUAUCCAGUCGAACAUCCAGAGAAAUUCAGAAAAUUCGGUAUGCAACCAUCCAAAGGUGUACUCUUUUAUGGUCCACCAGGUUGUGGUAAGACUUUAUUAGCCAAGGCCAUCGCCAACGAAUGUCAAGCCAAUUUCAUCUCUAUCAAAGGUCCAGAACUCUUAACCAUGUGGUUUGGUGAGUCUGAAGCCAACGUUCGUGAACUCUUUGAUAAAGCUCGUCAAGCCGCUCCAUGUGUUUUGUUCUUUGAUGAGUUGGAUAGUAUUGCACGUUCUAGAGGUUCAUCACAAGGUGAUGCUGGUGGUGCUGGUGAUAGAGUUAUCAAUCAAAUUUUAACUGAAAUGGAUGGUAUGAACGCCAAGAAGAACGUUUUCAUCAUUGGUGCUACCAAUAGACCAGAUAUCAUCGAUCCAGCUAUCCUCCGUCCAGGUCGUUUAGAUCAACUCAUUUACAUUCCAUUACCAGAUUUACCAUCUCGUGUUGCCAUUCUCAAGGCUUGUCUCAAUAAAUCACCAGUCGCCAAGGAUGUAGAUUUAGAAUUUUUGGGUCAAAAGACUCAAGGUUUCUCUGGUGCAGAUUUAACUGAAAUUUGUCAACGUGCCUGUAAAUUAGCUAUUCGUGAAUCCAUUGAAAAGGAUAUUGAAUCCACCAAAGCCCGUCAAGAAUCUGGUGAUACCAAGAUGGAAGAUGACUCUGUCGAUCCAGUACCAGAAAUUACUCGUGAUCACUUCCAAGAAGCCAUGAGAUCUGCUCGUCGUUCUGUAUCCGAUAAUGAUAUUAGAAAAUAUGAAAGCUUUGCUCAAACUUUAGUUCAAUCAAGAGGUCUUGGUAAUAAUUUCAAAUUCCCAGAUCAAGAAUCUUCAGGUCAAUUCAAUCAAGAUCAAUCUGAUGAUCUUUUCAGUAAUUAA